CACCGCGUCGCGCGCCGCAAAGGGAGAAAGAAAAUAGCCUCCACAAUAGAGCGGCCCCAGAGAGGAAAAAAAAAAAAAGGUCAAAUGAGGAAAAGCUCGAUCUGGACGGCUACGUGCGCCGCCGUCCUGUUUCUGUUACGCCCCGCGCGAUGCCAGCAGGACACGGGCGUAGCGGGCGCACCCGAUGCAGCCCACUACAGAUAUCGCAUCGGGCACUCGGUUGCUCUCGCGGGCACAAAUCUGUACAUUGAGGGCGGUGAGGUUGUUUCUGGGCAGGGAAAUGAGACGGAUCAGUCUGUGAUAUCAAACAAAACCGCCAUCAUCCCCCUCGACAAAAAAUGGAACACUACAGAUCCGGGCAUCCACGUCAUCGACAGCGGCGAGUACGGCCUGCGAGUGACCGAAACAGCACUAUGGUCUUCCGAAGACGGCCAGACGCUGUUUAGCUGGGGCGGCAGCGUCGGCAGUGCGGCCCAGCUGACGCAGGACUCGGAGCUCCGCGAACUGCGCAACCGGUGGUCCAACGACAGCACCGUGCCCCGGAGCGGCGGCGGCGAAGGCGAAAAGAUUGCGCGCACCAGGGGAGGCAGCUGGACCACCUGCAACGGCAUCGGCUUCCUCCUGGGCGGCGUGACGCCCCUGACCUCGGCCGAGCUCAGCCCGCCGGGCACCUUCAACGUCUUUACCCAGUACGAGGCCCAGUUCGGCCCCGUGCCGGGCCUCGUGACCUUCAACAUGAGCACCAGGCGCUGGGACAACGUCUCGGUCGAUGGGUUCGGGCCCGGAGGUCCCAUUGUCGGCGGCACGCACUAUGGUGGCGCGGCCGUGUGUCUUCCAACGUUUGGGACCAACGGCAGCGGCCUGGUCGUGUUCCUGGGCGGAAAGCAGGCGACCGAUCUGAGGGCUCCGGCGAGCUUGUCGGAUAUGCUGUUCGAGGCGAUAUAUUUUUACGACAUUGGAACGAAAAAGUUUCAUUCUCAGUUCGCGACCCUACACACUAAGGACGCGCUGCCGGCCUCGAGGACGGAGUUCUGUGCCGUCGCGACGCGGCCGUCUUCCAACUCGUCCUACGAGAUUGUCGUCUUUGGCGGGAGGAACGGGGCCGCAUUUUCCGACGUGCGCAUUCUCACCGUGCCUGGUUUCCGAUGGUUCAAGGUCCCUGACGCCGAGGGCGCCAGGUACCAACAUGGGUGUGCCGUGGUGGGUAGCGGAAGACGGCAGAUGCUCAGCGUCGGGGGGAUCGAGUCCUGGGAGAAUAAAUUCAACACCACCAUCUCGGAUCCAUGGAAGAAUGGGCUCAAGGUGUUUGACAUGACGACUCUCAAGUGGUCCAACACGUACGAUCCUGACGCCCCGGCCUACGAAACCCCUGCCGAGAUCAAGUCUUGGUAUGAUGCUGGUGGACGCCAAUCCGUCAAAUGGGACAAGCCCGAGACCGAAACUUUAUUUUCCCAAGCAACAGUUGAACAGCAACCAACCGAAUCCGACCCAGGAAGCGCAACGUCCUCUUCGCUGGGUGUCAUAGUAGGCAGUAUUGUCGGCGGCCUGGCAGCUCUCGUAAUCGCGAUCGGAGUCUUCAUAAUCCUCCGCCGACGCUCCCGCCGAUCCAAACACGACAUGACAUCCCAAGGGCCACUGUCAAACCAGAACACCGAUCCAGACAACUCAAGCAACACGCUGGUAUCUCCGAUGUCGACAGAGCUCCCAACCGUUGCUGAAAAGGGCGGCUGGAGCCCAACCUCGCCCUACGAACUGGGCAAGGAUGGGAGUGUCACUCUGGUGACCACUGCGCCUCCCCCUAGGGCGCACGAGAUGCACGCGGGCGACGUUCCUAGGGAGAUGCCCAACAAUGAGAUAUCCCCGCCGCAUGAGCUGCCCGCAAAUCAGGCGAGAUCACAUCAAAGACAAGAAGAGAAGUCGCUGGGCGGCUUCAUCCCACCAGACGCUAGUCAGGGGAGAAAUCCCAGGGCCGAAGCGGGGUCCCCGUGGGUAGACAAGGGGUAUCCUUGAUAAACUUGCUAAAAUAAUAUUAACCUUGACAUAUACAAUUUGGAUAAUUAAAGGAAACAUAACUUAAUUUGGUAAUUUUAUAUUUCGGAG